GCCUGUUUCCUGUCACAUGGGCUGGAAACAGGAUCCCCGCUCGCUGCUAUCUGUUGCCGUGUCUCUGGUGUCGGAGGCGCAGAGGCUGCGGGACCUUCCUUGAAGUUCAGCGACUUUGCGGCUGCGCCCGAAGUCGGACUCCUGCAGCGACGCGCACAGUCGGCCAGCGACGCGCACGGCUCGGACCAGCAGCUCGCCGGCGUACGCGCAUCCUGUCCGCCGUCCGCGCGCGGCGCGCUUCACCUGAGGGACCUCUUUAAUCGCGCGAUGGAUUCCUGGACGGUCACGUCGGCUCUCCUCCUCGCCGGCGCUAUUUCCUCUGCGGCUUUCAGCGUUUUCGACACCGAGUGUUACACCGCCAACGGAGAGGACUACAGGGGCUUCCAGAACCAGACCGGCCUGCGGGCCGGGAAGCCGUGCCUCUUCUGGAAUGAGACCUUCCAGCACCCUUACAACACCCUCAAGUACCCCAACGGAGAGGGCGGCUUGGGCAGCCACAACUACUGCAGGAACCCCGACGGGGACGUCCAGCCGUGGUGCUACAUCGCGGACCACGAGGACGGGAUCUACUGGAGAUACUGCGACAUCCCCACAUGCCAGAUGCCCGGGAACCUGGGCUGCUUCAAAGACAGCGGAGACCCGCCCACCCUGUCCGGCUCCAGCGAGACCUCCAACAAGCUCACCAUCCAGAACUGCAUCAGCUUCUGCCGGAAGCAGAGAUACAAGCUCGCCGGCAUGGAGUCGGGGUACGCCUGUUUCUGUGGCAACGAAGUGGACCAGCGGGACCAUGGCGAGUCGCCGAGCAUGGAGUGUAACCACGUUUGCUUUGGCGACCACACCCAGCCCUGCGGCGGCGACGGCUGGGUCAUCAUCUUCGACACUCGGGUCGGGGCCUGCGGCGGGAACUACUCGGCUCCGUCCGGCGUGAUCUACUCGCCCGACUUCCCCGACAAGUACGCCGCCGGCCGCGUCUGCUACUGGACCGUCCGCGUGCCCGGGUCCCGCGCCAUCCUCUUCAACUUCACCUUCUUUGAGAUCUCCGACCAGACGGACAUGGUGGAGCUCCUGGACGGCUACACCAACCGGGUGGUGGCGCGCUUCGACUGGCGCAGCCCGCCGGGGGAGCUGGUGAACGUCACGGGCGACUCCGUCAUAGUGUACUUCUACUCGGACCGGACCAACCAGGCGCAGGGAUUUGCUCUGCUUUACCAAGCACUGAGGGGCCAAGACACCAGGACGACGGAGGCCGAGCGACGCGGCGAGGACGCGCGGGACGCCGUCUCCGCCACGGCGGGGCCCCGGCCGGCCGCCGGCGUCACCCAGAGGUCCAACAGCACCUCCAACGGACGCUCCACCCAGAUCCUCUACGUGAUCACGUCCAGCCCCGGGAAGCCGGAGCGCAACAUGCCAGGUCAGUGGGCUGGACGCGGCGGGACCACCGGCCACGGCGCCAUGUGGACCAUCUACGCCCUGGCCGCUCUGCUCGUCCUGACGGUGGUCGCCAUGGUGGGGAAGCUGUUGUUGCACAUCACAGUAAAGUCUCCAAACAUCCCGACGGUCAGCGGGUCAGACACCUGCAGCCAGAGCACGGCGUCCUCCGAGCCCUGGAUCAUCCUGUACCGACCGUCCACCAUCUCCCUCUUCAAGAAGAAGCUGAAGAACCACCACGGCGACCUCAGCCCCCUGGUGGGCAACUAGCGGCGCCGCCCCACGACUUACUCUGCACGAGGGCCCUCGCGCGACGAGACCGCAGGAGGCGCCGCUCCAACAGGACGAUGACAACCGACUUGAGUGACUGCUGGUUGUGGGGGGAGGGAG